AUGUCUGACAUACAGGAGGAGGAACCAUACACUUCUCUUCAGUGGGAUAAUCCAUCACCAAACCAUUAUGAGAAAUUUCUGCCUUCUAACAAAUAUUCAGGAACAAGUUGUGUUGUGCUUGUGAUUUUAUCUGUUGUCUGCGUGAGCUUAUUAACCACAUCCAUUUUCUUUGGCAUCAAGUGGUUCCAGGUGUCCACUCUGGCAAUGCAGCAGCAAGAAAAGCUCAUCCAAUACAACAGAGCACCAACAAACAUCACACAGUGGAAUAUGAACUAUGCGCUUCAGAUGAAAUAUUGCCAAACCUUGAUGCAAAACUCACCCUGUUCAGCCCAGAACUACAGACCUUGUCCAGACAACUGGAUUCAAAGUGGAGAAAGUUGCUACUAUAUCUCUCAAACUUAUAGCCAGUGGAACAGCAGUAAAAAAAGAUGUUUGAAUGAAGAUGCUAAGCUUCUACAAAUAGACAACAAGGAAGAAAUGAUUUUUGUCACUGGCCUGAAGAAGAUCGAACAGGACUUUGAUUACUGGGUAGGACUCUACCAGGAUGAACUCAGACAGUCGUGGCUUUGGCAAGACGGCUCCCCUCUCUCCCAAGAUCUGUGA